AUGACUAGUAAAUAUCUAUCUAUCUAUCUAUCUAUCUAUCUAUCUAUCUAUCUAUCUGUCUAUGUCUAUCUACCUGUUUACCUAUUAAUUCUGUUCAUAUCUAUCUAUCUAUCUAUCUAUCUAUCUAUCUAUCUAUCUAUCUCACCUGUUCGUAUCUAUCUAUCUAUCUAUCUAUCUAUCUAUCUAUCUAUCUAUCUAUCUAUCUCAUAUGUUCUUUAUCUAUCUAUCUAUCUAUCUAUCUAUCUAUCUAUCUAUCUAUCUAUCUAUCUAUCUCUCUCUCUCUCUCCUCUCUCUCUCUCUCUAUAUAUAUAUAUAUAUAUAUAUUUCUAUCUAUUAUUCUCUAUCUAUUUUUUCUCUCCCUCUUCUCUUUUCUCUCUUCUCUAUCUCUCCCCUCUCUCGUCUCACCCUCCUCUCUUUUCUCUCUCUUCUCUCCUCUCUCUCUUGUCUCCCUCCUCUUUUUUCUCUCCUUUCUCUCGCACUUCUCUCUCUCUUCCCUCUUUUCUCUCCUUUCUCUCGCACUUCUCUCUCUCUUCUUUCCCUCCUCUUUUUUCUCCCUGUUCUCUCUCUUCUCUCCCACCUCUCUUUUCUUUCUCCCUCUUCUCUCCUACCACUCUUUUCUCUCUCUUCUCUCUCUCUUCUCUCCCUCCGCUCUUUUCUCUCUCUUCUCUCUCUCUCUUCUCUCCCUCUUCUCUUUUCUCUCCCUUCUCUCCAUCCUCUCUUUUCUCUCUCCCUCCUCUCCUCCUCUCUUAUCUCUCUCUUCUCUCCCUCCUCUCUUUUCUCUCUCUUCUCUCCCUAUUCUCUUUUCUCUCCAUUCUCUCACACUUCUCUCUUUCUUCUCUCCAUCCUCUCUUUUCUCUCUCUUAUCUCCCUCCUCUCUUCUCUCUCUUUUCUCCCUUCUCUCUUUUCUCUGCUUUCGCUCGCACUUCUCUCUCUUCUCUCCCUCUUCUUUUUUCUCUCUUCUCUCCCUCCUCUCUUUUCUCUCCCUUCUCUCGCACCUCUCUCUCUCCUCUCUCUCCCUCCUCUCUUUUCUCUCUUCUCUCUCUCCUCUCUUUUCUCUCCCUCCUCUCUUUUCUCUCGCUACUCUCUCUAUGUUCUCUCCCUCUUCUCUCCUUCCUCUCUCUUCUCUCUCUUCUCUCCCUCUUCUCUUUUCUCUCCAUUCUCUCGCACUUCUCUCUUUCUUCUCUCCAUCCUCUCUUUUCUCCCUCUUAUCUCCCUCCUCUCUUUUCUCUCUCUUCUCUCCCUCCUCUCUUUUCUCUCUCUUCUCUUCCUAUUCUCUUUUCUCUCCAUUCUCUCGCACCUCUCUCUCUCCUCUCUCUCCCUCCUCUCUUUUCUCUCUUCUCUCUCUCUCUCUUUUCUCUCCCUCCCUCUCUUUCUCUCUCCUCCUCCUCUCUUUUUCUCCUCUCUCCUCUCUCUCCCUCCUCUCUUUUCUCUCUUCUCUCUCUCCUCUCUUUUCUCUCCCUCCUCUUUUCUCUCGCUACUCUCUCUAUGUUCUCUCCCUCUUCUCUCCUUCCUCUGUUUUCUCUCUCUUCUCUCCCUCUUCUCUUUUCUCUCCAUUCUGUCGCACUUUCUCUCUCUUCACUCCAUCCUCUCAUUUCUCUCUCUUCUCUCCCUCUUCUCUUUUCUCUCUCUUCUCUCUCUUCUCUCUCCUCUCUUUUCUCUCCUUUCGCUCGCACUUCUCUCUCUCUUCUCUCCCUCCUCAUUUUCUCUCUCUUUUCUCUCUCUCUUCUCUCAAACCUCUCUUUUCUCUCUCUUUUCUCACUCUUCUCGCUCUUCUCUCCCUCCUCUCUUUUCUUUCUCUUCUCUCCCUCCUCUCUUUUCUUUCUCUUCUCUCCCUCCUCUCUUUUCUUUCUCUUCUAUCCCUCUUCUCUUUUCUCUCUCUUCUCUCUCUUCUCUCCCUCCUCUCUUUUCUCUCCUUUCGCUCGCAUUUCUCUCUCUUCUCUCCCACCUUUUUUCUCUCUCGUCUCUCUCUUUUCUCUCUCUCUUCUCUCCAUCCUGUCUUUUCUCUCUCUUCUCCCUCUCUUCUCUCUCUCUUCUCUCCCGCCUCUCUUUUCUCUCUUCUUUCUCUUCACUCUCUCACUUCUCUCUCUACUCUAUUUUCUCUCUCUCUUCACCCUCUCUCUUUUCUCCCUCUCUCUUUUUCUCUCUUCCCUCUUUCUUCUCUCUUUCCUCUCUCUUCUCUCUCUUCUCUUCUUCCUCUCUUUUCUCUCUUUUCUCUCGCACUUCUCUUUCUUCUCUCUCUCCUCUCUUUUCUCUCCUUUCUCUCGCACUUCUCUCUCUAUUCUCUCCCUCCUCUUUUUACUCUCUCUUCUCUCUCUCCUCUCUCUUCUCUCUCUACUCUUUUUUCUCCCUUCUCUCUCUCUUCUCUCCCGACUCUCUUUUCUCUCCCUCCUCUCUUUUCUCUCUUCUUUCUCUUCACUCCCUCACUUCUCUCUCUCCUCUAUUUUCUCUCUCUUCUCUCUCUCUUCCCCCUCGCUCUUUUCUCCCUCCCUCCCUCUUUUUUCUCUCUUCUCUCUUUCUUCUCUCUCUUCUCUCUCUCUUCUCCUCUUCCGCUCUUUUCUCUCUUUUCUCGCGCACUUCUCUUUCUUCUCUCCCUCCUCUCUUUUCUCUCCUUUCUCUCGCAUUUCUCACUCUCUCUUCUCUCCCUUCUCUUUUUACUCUCGCUUCACGCUCUCCUCUCUCUUCUCUUUGUUCUCUCUCUUCUCUCUCUCUUUUCUCACUCCCUUCUCUCAAUCCUCUCUCUCUUCUCUCUCCUCUCUUUUCUCUCUCUUCACUCUCUCUUCUCUCCUUCCUCUCUUUUCUCUCUCUUCUCUCCCUCCUCUUUUUUCUCUCUCUUCUCUCCCUCCUCUUUUUUCUCUCUUUUCUCUCUCUCUCUUCUCUCCCUCUUCACUUUUCUCUCCCUCCUCUCUUUCUUCUCUCCAUCCGCUCUUGUGUCUUUCUUCUCUCUCUUCUCUCCCUCCUCUCUUUUCUCUACUUUCACUCGCACCUCUCUCUUCACUCCCUCCACUUUUUUCUCUCUUUUCUGUCUAUUCUCUUCUCUCGCACUUCUCUCUCUUCUCUCUCUCUUUUCUCUCCCCUUCUCUCACUGCUCUCUUUUCUCUCCCUCUUCUCUCCCUCCUGUCUUUUCUCUCUCUUCUCUCCCGCCUCUCUUUUCUCUCCCUCCUCUCUUUUGUGUCACUUCUCUCUCUCUCUUCUCUCCCUUACUCUCGCAUUUCUCUCUUUCUUCUCUCCACCCUCUCUUUUCUCUCUCUUCUCUCCCUCCUCUUUUUCUCUCUCUUCUCUCUCUCUUUUCUCUCUCCCUUCUCUCAUUCCACUCGUUUCUCUCUCUUCUCUCUUUUCUCUCUCUCCUCUCUUUUCUCUCUCUUCUCUCCCUCUCCUCUUUUCUCUCCCUUCUCUCGCACUUCUCUACUUCUCUCCAUCCUCUUUUUUCUCUCUCUUCUCUCCCUCCUCUUUUUCUCUCUCUUCUCUCUCUCUUUUCUCUCUCCCUUCUCUCAUUCCACUUUUUUCUCUCUUUUCUCUCUCUCCUCUCUUUUCUCUCCCUUCUCUCGCUUCUCUCCUUCUUCUCUCCAUCCUCUUUUUUCUCUCUAUUCUCUCCCUCCUCUUUUUUCUCUCUCUUCUCUCUCGCUCUUCUCUUUCUAUUCUCUCCCUCCUCUCUUUUCUCUCCCUUCUCUCGCACCCCUCUCUAUUAUCUCUCUUCUCUCCUCCUCUCUUUUCUCUCCUUUCUCUCGCACUUCUCUCUCUCUUCUUUGUUUUCUCUCCCUUCUCUCACACUUCCUUUUCUUACCUCUGUCUUCUCUUGCACUUCUCUCUCUCUUCUCUCUCCCUUCUCUCGCACUCCUCUCUCUGUCUUCUCUCCCUCCUUUCACACUUCUCUCUCUCACUUCUCUCUCUCUCUCUUCUCGCUUGUGGAACUCUCUUCCGUUUUCUUUCGUUUUCUUUCUUUCCUGCCUUUCCUUCGUUUUCUUUCUGUCCUUUAUUUUUCUUUCUUUCAUUCCUCCGUUUUCUUUCUUCUCUUUUCUAUCUUUCUUUCCUUUUCUUUCUUUCCUUUCUUUCUUUCUUUCUUUCUUUUUUCUUUUUUGUUUUUGCCUUUUUUCCUUACCCCAUACCGAAUAUCUAUGCCGAUGA